ACAAAACCAAGAAAACAAUAAAGGUAAGAAUGGAGACUCCUGUCAACGAAAAACGAUUUGAAAACGCGGAGAAAGAGUAUCAAGCAUCGGUAGAAAAGGUAACCGACGAUAACGAGAAGUCAACCAGCGUUCACAAAGCCGCUCAAAUAGCCGCGUUCAAGCUUCGAGCAGAGAAGUCCUUUCUGCAAAAGAAACAAGAAGCAAUGAAACGCUGGAUGGAUAAACAUCGCGAAGAAAGCACAAAAACCAUCAUCAAAGUGUGCAAUACAGCCAAGGUCAUCGUAGAACGCAUGGCGAAAGAGAAGGAAAAAGAAAUGCAAGAAAUGAUCGCCGAGAUGGAUAAAGCACACCAGGAAGAACUGAAUCAAAUAAGAAUCGAGACCCGGCGAGAAGCGCUACGCGAUUUCUUGAAAAUUAACGCAAAAUUCAACCAUGAACAAAAGGAGGAAGAUCGUAAAAAGAGCACUAACAAAACUGACACAAGAACCCUACACAGUUUGCCGUCAAAGCCAGCUCAAACUGAAGAGCCCGCACCUUUCAACAAAGUUUUGCAGAUAAGUCUUGAAGAUGUCCURGCUAACAAAAGAAAAGGUAAUACUACGACCGAGAAAAAGGCAUUGUGUGAGACAACAACAGCAAAAGAAACAUCAACAAAGCCACAGCACAACAAAGAUCUUCCGCACAACAAGGCUUCACAAAUCAAUCCUCAUGACACAUCAGCCAAGAAAGCUAAAGUAGAUGACGCCRCAGAGAGACAGCCAUCUUGCGAGACACAAACAAUAGUGUCCCCAGCAAAGUCAAUGCAAAGGGAAGUUCUGGCGUACAUACCACACGAAAUUCCCACAAAGAAAGCAAAGCUUGAUUACAUGACUGAGAAACAACCAUUCUGUGAAGUAGAGAUGUGCGCCAUUCGAAGUCUAAACCAACCCAGGUCAAAACAAGUGAUAAUAGAGUUGGCUAAGAAGCCCCGACAUGAUGUAAUGCGUAUUUUGGAGAAAGAACGACGCAAAGCUCUUAUGACAGAAGGACAAUCUUCCGAGAAACGCGGUCAACUGAAAGAAAACGCUGUCUGCUCAAAGCACAAUUCUUCGGAUGUCGCUAACAGAUCUUCAAUCAGCGAGGAGAGUUAUUACUCUCUAAGUGUAGAAAAUGAAAAAUUAUUUACGUGUAACGCAUGCGGGAGGACUGAUACCGAAAUGCUGAUGUGUGGUGGUUGCUAUAACAACUACUAUUGUGACGAAUUGUGCCAGACACGUGAUUGGCAGAUGCAUCAACAGUGGUGCACUGUGGACGUCGAGUAGACUAUCAUUUA